CUGAGCAAGCUGACUGGAGGUCCCAGCUCUUAACCAGGAAUAAACCGGACUUUGUGGAAGUACAUACUAAGCCUUGCUUCUUGGAUCAUGUCGCGGUGGAUCAGAUCCCCAAACCCGCCGUGAUAUACAUAUAUAGGUCUAGUGUUAUAUGGCAAGGUCCCCUCAAAAAGCCCGCUCAAAAUGAAAAGAUAGAAAGAAUGGAAGAGCAACAGUGUGUCGUUUCCAUUACGCGCCUGAGUACACCAUAAUACACCAUAGAGUGAUUCGUGAGCUUCACGUCAUCAAGCAGCUUGCUGCGGACUUUAGGCGACAUUCUUUACAGACACCAUUUACUCUGCAAGUCUUUGAUUUCAGUCAACAUUUCGAUAGUCCGGAUUCAGAUAUGGGCUUCAUCGAACUUCACAUUGCUUUGAUCGCUGCACUUUUCAGCCUUACGCUAUUAUUUGGCGCACUCCCGUUUUUUAUUCUGAGAUGGCAUCGAAAGGUUAAGGACGGAUCUCUCAACAAUGCCUUUCUUAGGGGUCUCAACUGUUUUACGGGUGGUGUGUUUCUUGGAUCAGCGUUUAUGCAUUUGAUUCCAGAGGCCAGAGAGCAUACUGAGAAUGCUGUGAAAGAGUCGUCCGUCCGUACCAUAUUCCCCAUCACGGAAUUUGGAGUUCUUAUGGGAUUAUUCGUUUGUUUGAGUUUUGAGAAAAUUGCUGAGGUUUGUUUUCAAAGACUAGCGCCUGAUAAAAAUACUGACGUUUCCGAAGCAACUAAUAUUUUUCCACAAUCAAAUAAAGGACAGUAUUCAAGCAUUGAGAUGGCGGCUAUAAAGCAUGAUUUGACAGAAGAUCGUAAACAUUCCCGAGAUUCAGUGAACAAUAUGAAUUCCAACCAAGAUCCUGAACCAGCACCGGAUGAAAUUUCUCCUGACAGUCAGACUACAUCGAGACGCCAUACUAGUGGUGAAGCAUAUCAUGAUCAACCUAGAGAUAAUCCUGGAACUGCCAAGAUUCGUGUGUCUUUGUUGUUUCUCGUACUUCUGGUUCACACCAUAUUUGAAGGAAUAACGUUGGGAAUACAAAAGACUGAAAUAGAUAUUUCCACAGUUUUUGGAGCUAUGGUGGUUCAUAAGUGCUUCAUAGCUUUCUCGUUGAGUUUAAGGAUGAUUGACAAUUUUAAACGCUGGCAAUUUUUUCUCCUUAUUUUAACGUUUUCUGCAGCGACUCCUGUAGGGGCAGGAAUUGGAAUGGCUGUGGCAUAUUCCAAAACUUCGGGCAGUGAAUUUGUAGAUGGAAUUCUACAGAGUGUAUGCACAGGAUCAUUUUUAUACAUAACAUUCUUUGAAAUUCUCGGUGCUGAACUUGAGGGAGAUGUAUCGCCAGAAGUUUUGAAGAAAAUUCUUUUUAUAAUACUCGGAGUGUCUGUAAUGGUAUUACUGGCUUUCUUUGAGUACUGA